AUGAUCGAGAAGAUAGAGUUCAGAGUUCCUGGAAAGGUGAUUGUAAACGGAUCAUACAUAGUGCUGAGCGGAGAAACAUGUAGGGCUGUAGCACUCAAAACACACAUGACAUCAGAAGCAACUAGAACUGUAUCGAGUGAGGCGGAGAUAACAGUGGCGGUGGAUGGAGGGGAAAAAAUUACAUACGGAAGCGACUACAUUCGUACAUGCCGUGAUACAGGCGGGCCUGCUCAUUAUAUACUCAACAUAGUUGCCUGCUUCUUCGAGAUUGCCAGGAUUUCACCCAAAAACCGGAUACAUAUCGAAAUGCACACAGGGGAAGGAUUCUUUUCUGGCGGGCCUGGAGGCGAGAAAACUGGGAUUGGAUCCUCUGCCUGCAUUCUUGUAUCCAUAGUGUAUGCCCUCCUAAGAUUUCAUCAGGAUGACUUCAGACGGAUCGCUUCUCGAGGCGAUUUUGAUGCACGGGGCAGAUCGCCUGUUUUCCAAGGUGACCUGAAGCUGUGGCUUGGGGGCCUUUCUCUUUCCGAGGAUCUUGCAGAGCACCUCCUAUCGAUAACAUAUUUAGUCCACCAGGCAACCAACCAGGGAGCUUCUGGAUGCGAUGUGAUGUGCUGCCUUCUGGGAUCCAUAUAUUUCAGCAGAGAAAGAUGCUUUCCUCUUGAGAAUAUUCCCCGGUAUCUGAUCCUUGGGUCCUUUGGAAAGAGUAGUGCGACAAGAGAAAUGCUUAAGAAAAUUAACUCUAAAGACCCUAAAUGGAGGUUCAUCAAAGAUAUUAACAGGAAGAUUAACGAGGAAAGGGAAAGUCCAAAGAAGCUUUAUAUGGAGUAUCUGGAUGCCAUGAAAGGCGUAAGCACAGCAAUAGUUCCGGAGAAGCAGUAUGAAGUACUAAUGAAAACCAAUGGAUACGAUAUCUGGGGGUGCGGGAUUUCAGGGGCUGGCGGAGAUGACUGUGUCUGGGCUCUAGCCGAUGAUUACCAAGAUGUGUACAGAUAUUGGAAAAGGGUCUUCACUUUCACAUUUGUAACGGAAGUGUCUUAUAGAGGAAUUCACCUGUUGUAA